UGAUGUCUACUGAGCAGUAGACGAAACGUCUUCAAUAAAUAGAUGAAGUAGCUGAAUUCUUUGUCUCUUUUUUCACCCACUUGACCGAUAAAACCCUACACUUACGAGUGCUCCUUUGUUAUAUUGGAAUUGACGGUCGUACUCCUUUAUGAUGUCUUCUGUUACAGAGGGUUUUUACGCUAAUACCAGGCGCAUCCAUGGGGAACUACCAGUGAAAAAGCUCAAGAGAUGGACCAAUUUGACCGAAAAACUAGCUACAGCUGAAGCAAGAAGAACUUUCCUUCUAGAGUGCAGGAGAACCAAGAAAAUUCCAAGAUUUAUCACAGAUACCACUUCUAACAUACUUACUACUACCACAGGAACCCACGAUCACACACUCCAACGCAGGAGCCAGGCUCUUAAUAGACAGAGGGUUUUUACGCUAAUACCAGGCGCAUCCAUGGGGAACUACCAGUGAAAAAGCUCAAGAGAUGGACCAAUUUGACCGAAAAACUAGCUACAGCUGAAGCAAGAAGAACUUUCCUUCUAGAGUGCAGGAGAACCAAGAAAAUUCCAAGAUUUAUCACAGAUACCACUUCUAACAUACUUACUACUACCACAGGAACCCACGAUCACACACUCCAACGCAGGAGCCAGGCUCUUAAUAGACAGGUGAGGGCACGAUUACUUAAUUUCCAUAUAUCGAAGGUUCAUUCAGAUAUUAAAUUCAUUUUUGGUCAAAUAAAUAAUGUCACUGAUUUCUUAGAUCACACUUUACCUGCAUCUUUGUUAGAUAGGUUUGAGACCUCUUUACACAAGAAAUUUAAUUUCGUUUAUAAAAAAACUAUUUUACAUCUUCAGAGUAAGCUUGAUAAAUUGGGUGCACCAGACUUCCACAAAAUUCCAUUUAAUCCUAAUUGGAUAAAGAAUCUUUCUAAUGUGGAUGUUCCUCAAAAUAUUCUAAAGCUACUAUCUUUGGGCCCUAAAUUUGGUCUGGAACCUACCUUCAAAGAUUAUUCAAUCAGUAGGACCCUUGCAGAUGUAGAAAAUAUAUUGUCUCAUGCAGACAAUGCUGAUCUUCUUUCCCUAAGGUCAUCUUCUAAUAACAUUCUGUUGAAUUAUACCAACCGCCCUAGGCAAUCCAUAUCUGAAAUUGAUAAGAUUUAUAGGGAAACGGUAUCGUUUUUAAAAACCCACCCUAAUCUUCUCGUUCUCACCAGUGACAAAGGCAAUGCCACUGUUCUUAUGGAUAAAGAUCAAUAUAUCAGCCUCAGUCAAUCAUUGUUAGAUGACGUUAGGUAUUACCAACCUCUUACUUCAAAUCCCUGUUCAAAAUUUUCUAACAAAAUUAAUAAAUUCAUUACUCACUUAAAAAAUAUUAAGAUCAUAGAUCAAACUUUAGCUAAGUCAUUACAUAAUUAUGAUGGUUAUGCUCCAAGAUUUUAUUGUCUGCCCAAAAUUCACAAGCCCACAUUGAGCAUGAGGCCUAUUGUUUCCUCAAUUAAUUCACCCAACAUACAUAUUGCAAAAUUUUUGACUGAUAUCUUGUCAAAAUC